AUGGAGAAUACGAAGGCACUCUUAGAGACUAAAGAUGUCGAAGAGCAGACGCAAAAGGUCAAGGCAGAUCUUCAAACCCACAUUUCUCUUCUUGAGAAAAUGGAGAAUUCGGGAGAAAGCGCAAUUGAUAAACCCGCAGAGUUUCAGAUUGCCUUGAAUGUGGUCGAUUCACUCGAAGAAAAAUACAAAGAUCUUCCAGAGUUCACUUCACUCAAAGAAAAGAUCGAAGUUCUUCGUUUUCCAGAAGGCACGAAAGACCUAACCUCAUCAGUCGAAGCUAAACUUUCCGAUUCCGAAGCGCAACUAGCCACCACAGAAGUGAAAGCAGUCUCUCUCAGUGGUACGACAAUUGAAGAAGCAAAAGCUGCGGUUACUCAGGUCUACACUGAUCUUGUGAUGGUCAAAAACGAUCUCGAGCAGUUGAUGUCAACCAAACGAAAGCUUAAUGAGCAUGGGUUUAUCGAUAAAGACACCGAGUUCUCCUUGUCAUUUGUGGCACUUAGAGAGCGAUUCAAUAAUAUCGGAAAACGAAUCACGGAUUCUAAAGUGGCCCUUUCGAAAUCGGCACUACAAGUUCAAAAGCUCAAGCGGGCAGUUGAAGAUACUGACCAGUGGGCUCAGAAAGUGCUCGCCCAGUCUGUCGAGCAGUACCCAAUGACUGAUAGAUUAAGGAAGGAGAGUGACGCUGAGAUCCGAAAGCGAGAAGUUCUCGAAGUCACUAAAGAUUGUGUCAAUAAACUCCAAGCAAAUCUCGGUGCUGAUUGCAGUCAACUUAUUGCAGAUGUUCACCAAGGUUUUGAUUCAAUCGAGACUCUCGUCAGGGCUCUCCGAAAUGAAGAGUUCGAGUCUGAUGCAUCAUCGGUGAGUAGCUCGUCGUCAAGCUCAGAGUCAUCGGUUGUAUCGGAUCAAAUGAGCAAAACCAAACGAUCGAUUGAGAACAGAACCAAUAUAUUCAAAAACCUUGUGGACAGUUGGAAAAAGCUGGAGUAUGAAUUUUUCUUGGUUGAAGAACGCUGUAACAAGAUCAAAAUUAUGCUGAUUGACGAUGACAUAAGUAAAAAUGAUCAAAUAGAGGUUAUCGGCGCCCCUGUCAUCAACGCAGAGCUUAACUCGAUUCCAGAGAUGAUAAACAUCUUCCUAGACGGCAAUAAUGAGGUCCAAAAGCGAGAAAUUCUUGAAGCCACAGAAAAUUGCGCCAGAAAUCUCCAGGUGAAACUGGGCGCUGAUUUUACUCAACUUGUUGAAGAUGUUCAAAAGUGUUUGGACUCAAAUGAGACGUUAGUCAAGGCUCUUAGAAAGGAAGAGUUUCAGUCUGAUGCAUCUUCGUUGAGUAGCUCGCCGUCAAGCUCCGAUUCGUCAAGUUCAAGUUCAAGCUCAGAAUCGGAGGCAACUGCAUCCUCAAACUCUUGGAGCCCAGGUGGCGAUACAAGUUCAAUCUCUGAAUCAGGAGCCGAUAAUUUCGGUUUUGAUAUGAGAAGAGAAGAUAGAAAGAGCGAAGAGAUCGAUCAGUGGGUAGAGAGUAGUGCGCAAAUGGUACACAACGCAGAAUCACUUAGAGAGAUCCACACCAUCAACGGAAAAAUCAAUCAAUUUGGAAAUGAUAUUGACGGGAACAACAGUGAUCAAGAGAAACUUAUUCCGCUCGAUGAUCUCGUCUGUGAUCGAGUCAAGUCACUUUCAGAGACAAAAUAUGACGGAGAACAGACGCAAAAAGUCAAGACAGAUCUUCCAACCCACACUUCUCUUCUCGAGAAAAUGGAUAGUUUGGUUGAAACCGCAAUAAAUAAGCCCGCAGAUUUCGAGGCUGCUUUGAAUGCAGUCGACUCACCAGAAGAAAAAUAUAGGGGAGAAGGGACAAACGACCAAACAUCAUCAGUUACGUUGAUUACGGAGGUGCGAGACAUGACAAGUUCAGGUUCUUCCGAUGAUUCUCCGAAGCAAGAAGAACAUACCGGCGAUGACUCCACCACUGUUCGACUCGAAUCGAGAAAGAAUCCAGAUAAUGAUGCCAGAAGAAAUAUUCGAAUCAUGUUUGCGCUUGCUAUUGUUGUCCCUUUAGUUGGAUAUUUGAUACUGUCGGCGAAAAAUCGCGUAAAGCUUUGA